AUGGCGUCGCUCGAGUUGCUGGGUGAAGAGGCCUUCCUGGUGCCUUAUUUGGUGCCGCGCGAGCUCCUGGCACUAGCCCGGAGCUGCGCUUCAGAAUGGCGCAGGGCGUUGGAAAGUGUCCGUGACAGUUAUGGCGCUGGAGCUGUUGGAACCCAGGCGCCCUUUGCCAUGACCUUUGAGUACCAGAAAUCUGCGGCCUUUCGAUUCCUGCCGCUGUGGCAGGAGUCUCUGUUCUUCGAGAACUUUCACGACAACUGCAGCCGCUGGUUGAAUUUCACUUCCUCCGGUGCCUUCCGGCGCUGGUGUCCCCGCAAGGCUGAGGACAGACCCUUUGAGCCUUUGGUGCCUGGUGUUGCCAACGCGCCCCAGACAUUUGGAGGAGGCCUUCGCGCUGGUGGCAUUUUUUCUGUCUUCUGCGAGCUGGGCGCAAUUCCAGUGGAUAUCUUCAGCAUUUACUUCACCUACGACUCCAGCGGCCGCACCAUGUUUGCUGGUGAUGGGCGUUCUGCUGACGUGGCACUUGGCCGCUGGGAGGACGAGCAGUGGUACGAGUUCCUGUUGCAUUUCGACUGGGCCACACGGAAGGUCCGCGUGCGCCAUGCACUAGAUGGCCGGUUGCAGCGCAGCUCACAAGGAUGCUGUGUGGACCUGUCGCCCGAUAUCACCCGGCUCCAAGCAGCUCCACCACCACUGGUGGGUAUCAAGUUAUGGCAUGCUGCAGAAGAUUUCGAGGCGUCCUGGACGGACGUGCUGGUCAUCUGA